GCUCAUCACCAGCCGCCGUCAGUCAGUCAGGUGUGGCCGCGGCGGUGGGGAGGCAUUCCGACCGGAGACAGCGCUGUUCCAGCAGGCUGCGCCGAGGCUAAAUCUAGCGACUGCUGCGGGGCCUGGAAACAUGAGCCGCCGUCCGAGCACCGAGUCCGCCAGAUGACCGAAGUUCCCUCAUCCUAAAACCCUGAAGAAGAAGAAGUGAGAUCUGUGACUCCACCUGACCGCUGGGGAAAGCGAAGUGAAACAAAGGAACAGAAACGGGAACGCCUCGCUCCGGCUGAUUUGGGACCAGAACCGGCACAAUGCCUCGGUGAUGGAGUAGCUGCGGGUGCAGAGCUGCGGGUCCAGAGCCGUGGGUGCGGCGCUGCUCCGGCGGGACGGGGAUCGGCUGCAGGAGGGCGGCUGUAACAUGCGGCCUGCAUGCUGAACGCUGCGGCGCUGCAGAAACGCCACGCGCUGCGUCUGGACGACUACAGCAGCAGAUUCACCUGGAAAUGUUCCCCAACUGGAGCUGCUGAAGUAAACACAAACUGCAUGUGCUCCUGAGGGGGUCAGAGGUCACCUCCUCAUAUGAAACUGGUUUUACUGGGAAAGUGGAUACACGGCCAAUCAGAUGGCAGGAAAAGACUACAAUCAUCUCUUUAAGCUGCUCAUCAUUGGAGACUCCAAUGUGGGGAAGAGCAGCCUGCUGCUGCGCUUCGCAGACAACUCCUUCUCCGGCAGCUACAUCACCACCAUCGGAGUGGACUUUAAGAUCCGGACGGUGGACAUGGAGGGCGAGCGCGUCAAGCUGCAGAUCUGGGACACGGCGGGCCAGGAGCGAUUCAGAACCAUCACCUCCACAUACUACAGGAACACGCACGGCGUCAUCAUCGUCUACGACGUGACCAACCCGGAGUCCUUCGUCAACGUCAAGCGCUGGCUCAACGAGAUCUCCGAGAACUGCGACAACGUCUGCAAGAUCCUGGUGGGAAACAAGAAUGACGAUCCGGCCAAGAAGAAGGUGGACACCCAGGACGCCGUGCAGUUCGGGCAGUCACUGGGCGUCCCUGUUUUCGAGACAAGUGCCAAAGAAAAUAAAAACGUAGAAGAGAUGUUCAUGGCAUUUACUCGCAUGGUGCUCCACGCCAAGAAGGAAAGCCGGGACCGCGCCGAGAGGGAGCGCUUCCGGGAGAAAGACACGGUCAACAUCAGCACCCAGAAAGACCGCGGCCACCGCAAGCGAGCCAAGAAGUGCUGCUGAGGCUCUGUGGCGGCGCGGCGGUUCUGCGGCGGCGCGGCAUUGCUGCUGCAGCGUGGUGUUGCUGCGGCGUUGGCGCUGCGCAGCCGGCGGUUCAUGGUUCAACCUGAGGGAAAAGUCUGCAGCACUGACCAGGAGCUGAGGGAGCAGGCCGCUGUUUCAUGCUCUCUGCAUGGCUCUUCCAUAAAACUGGACAUGAUACAAAUAAUCAACUUUCACGUUUCCCACCUGAAGCUGUAAAAAUAUCCUACUUCUUAAUCAGAUUUAUUUCCCCCCUUAAAACUGUAAUUUAAUCGUUAAAAACAAAUAUUAAAAUGGUUGUGAUUAAUAAUUCCUCCUGAAGUGAACUGUAAUAUGUUCUGGAGAAGCUUCCAGAGUUUCUGCUCCGUUUUCCAGACGUUUGCUCUGAUUGCAGCUGAAGGGGUAAAAACACCGGCCUGUUCCUUUAACUUCACUCCUGAACCUGUUACGUUUUAAUCCUUCAAAGGGAACGUUUUGUUACUAAAGUGAUGAAUUCGGUAAUCUGCCUUGUUUCAGUCUGAAUGACUUAAUAACCUCCUGAGAGCUUUUAAUGUCUGCUGCCAUGAAAAUGUUAAAAUAAAGCAAUAAGUCCAGAUGUUCUGUUGACAGUGACUGAGCUGAGACGCUGGUCCAGAAAAUCCUCUUCAUGUCUAAACCUGUCCUGCCUGAAAUGUAGAAAUGCAUCCGUCUGCUGCUGUUUGUGAUGCUUUGAGCAGAAAAUAAACGCUUAAAGUUUCUGGUGUUUCA